CAUAGCCUGGUCCCCCGGUACUACUAAACACAGUGAAAAUAGUAUGUUUACGGUUCGGAAAAUUUUCCAUGAUGUGUCGUAAAUUUAAAAUUUGUGACUGUUCCUCCAGCCUACUAACAGAGAUCGCAGAGAUUGGUCACAAACCGUCAAAAUGAUGAAAAUUCGCAUCACUAUAACGUAUGUUUAGACGAAAAAACUUCAUUUUCACAUCAUUCCGUCAAUCUGACGUUUUGUGACGAAUCUCUGUUGGAAGGCAAAAGCUCUUCUUUCCGACUUGGAAUCAGCCAAAGAAGCUAGACUGGGGUAUCGGACAUUUACAAAAUUACUGUAAGUAAAAUUUACCACCAACUUUGCAAAUGGCUGAGAUCGCCUGGUAGGUAGGCAAGCCCGCCGAAGGUCACGAUUUUCCUCACCCCCGCUGCUCGCCCGCAAACUCCUAUACCGCCUGUGCUGCUUCUUCAGUCACGACCUAGGUGAUUCGGUGAUUCCCCUCGCUCCCUCGCUGCGGCUUGGCGGCUUGGCUGCUAACUCGACGAUUCCGUUUUACAACCGGCUGUCACUAUUGCCUAAGAGCUUUAGAGUUGGACAAGGAAGUUUGCGGCGCAAUCAUGAGUCUAUCUCGUUCCCUGGACUUAACCCAGGAAGAUUAUGCUGUGCAGGAUGCCAUUCUGCAAUACAUUAGCUCGAAUUUUGUUUCCUUAAAGCCUCCUGAUGUCAAAUUUUUUAAGCGUCAUUUAGAAAAUGUGACAAAAGUACUGAUUCAAAUGAUGAGGAAGGAAGAUAAUCUGUUCAAUUUGAUAUUCCAAAAAGAAAGAGUCGCUGGAAGUUUUUGGGACAAAUUAAAAAUAGGACAUCCUAUUGAAUUUGACAAAAAUUUUGUUUUAACCCUGCCGCCUGCACUUUACAAAAACAUAAAGUUUACACCUGCCUCCCCUUCGUAUGUAACUGUAAAUGUUCAAAAUGGUCUCAAGAUUGUGAAGAGCUCAAAAUGUAGAACAUAUAGACCUGACUGGUUUGAUGAUAAUGGUAACAUACUAUCAGAUAAAUUACGAUUUUGGAUGGAAAGUGUGGUUAAUAAAGCUUUAGCCACGUUGCCUCCAUUACCUAACAAAAAAUAUCAACUGGAAAUUGAGGGUACUUGUUACGAGAUAGGGACUAGAAAAUCUGGUCCUGCUGUGACAGUUGAAGUUAAUAUUGAUUCUAGUGGAUCCACUUAUUUGGGAAUCACUCAAUUCUGCAUAGAUUUAGUGCCAGCCUUUGAAUUCCAAACAAAAGAUUGGCCUCAUCACAUCCGGCAAUGUCCUGCAGAUACACAGGAUAAGACUUGGAACUUGGUUCCCAAACCGUUAAAGCCUGAAGAAAAUACUGCUGAUGGCAAUAUUCCUGCUCGCCUGCAGUGGAGACUUUCCUUUCACAAUCAAGAAUCGUAUAUCAUUCAUAAUUUAAAUCAUUUCAAGGCUGUUCUAAAAUUACUCAAGAAAUUACGUGAUGUAAAAUUUGACCAGUACAAAAUGAGUUCGUAUGCACUGAAGACAGUAUUUAUGUUAGAAAAGGAAAGACAAAAUAAUGAUUUCUGGCGUCGGCCGCUCAGCUCAACAUUCCUCCAUAUGUUAACUGUUUUAACUGAAUGGUACGGAAAAGGCAAGAUUCCAUUUUAUUGGGACAAACAGCAUAAUCUCUUAGGAAAAUUGUCAAAGGAUCAAAUCAAGCAAGUAUAUUGUACACUUCAGAAGAUAAAUAACAGAAUUUAUGAGGGUUUGCAGAGCAAGUGCGAGAGCAAAUGUGAUCACUUCAUUAUCGCCUCUACAUUACUGGACUCAGAAGAAUUGCUUAAAAUUAAAAAAGACAUCAUUGUUGAUCGAAGUGGAAAUAAGCCUUUGGCAAAAAGACAGCGCUGCUCAUAGAUCCUUUAACAUUCUGAACGAGAGCUCUUGAUUCAACUCAAUAAGUAAUUUUAAAUAAAGCUGUUUCAAUUUUUUUCUUUAAAUGUUUGAUGGGUUUUAAUUAGGGUUUUUAUGGGCUGCUUUCUUUACUUGUUAGCUUUGCUUGCAUUUGUACCAAAAUGACUUUUGUGAAAAUUUAAUUGGUUGAACUUGAAAUUAUACAUGUUUGACGGCUUGA